UAGCUGAAUUGUACUUACUAAAUGGUGUGUUUUCGUUGUCGUAUUUCGGCAGUAGUUCCUGUGAUACCUAUUUCAAGAAGACUGUUGGUAAAGUGUCGACGUGUACUUCACAGGUCCUUCCGGUCUUUUGCAGAACAAGUAACCUUCUUUCCGUCUCUAACAAUCGAGAUCUGAAUUCUGCAGUUCGGUACCGUUGCAUCAAAGUUGGUGUAAAAUUUGGAACUGUUGUGAAUAUUUAUCAUGACAAAAGAGGAAACUGCAGAAAAGAUGAGGAACAAGCUGAGCAUUUGCCAGAAUGGGCGUGAAGUAUAACCAUAAGGCCAUAUUCAGGUUGGCCAGUGCACCAAAUUUUGUCAUGAUUCCUGAGCGGACAUGAAUUGGUCCUAGCUACUUUAUUGAUCUAGGGACCAUGUACUUAAUGCACUUGCUAUUGUAGCAGGCUGAAUGGAGGUACUGAAAAUGUGGCCCAGUCUAAAGUCAAAAAAUUCUCCAUGGAUGAACAAACUUCUGACUCGACACCACUGCAGCAGCACCAAGUUCAGGCAAAAUGGAGAAACUUGGCUGCAUAUUGGUUACUUGGAUUGUGCAACAAUUAUGGAUAUGUCGUCAUGCUGAGUGCAGCCCAUGAUAUUCUGAAAACGUUUGAUACUAAUAGCACUGUGCAAGAGCCAUCAAAUGCUACGUCUUCAGAUGUCAGUCAGUCUCGUGAUUGCAACGAGAUUUCAACAGCAGCUAUUUUAUUAGCUGAUAUAUUGCCAGCUCUUUUUGUCAAACUGAUUGCACCAUUUCUUCCAUUCUAUGUUCACAUACGAAUGAGUUUGACAGUAGUAUUGUCUAUUGCAUCAUUCUUGCUAGUAGCUCUUUCUGGUGUGAAGUGGGCCACUUUUCUUGGUGUAAUCGCUACCUCGUUUGGAUCGGGCCUUGGUGAACUUACAUUACUUGGCUAUACGUCUUCAUUUAACUGGAACCCGAUUACUGCAUGGUCCUCAGGGACUGGAGCAGCUGGUGUACUGGGAGCUGGUUCAUAUGCAGGUCUCACAGCGCUUGGCAUCAGCCCAAAUGAUUCGUUGUUGAUUAUGUUAGCAGUACCAGCAGUAAUGGCAUUGUCAUUUUGGGUGCUGCUAGAACGUCCAACACAUUCUGUGAAUUCUGUGGAUACACCAGGAGUGGAAGAGUUUCAGAGCAAUGUGUCAAUACAGUCUGGUACUGGAGAAGGAACAGUAGAGGUAGCAACAGUAGCAGAAGCAUCUGCAGUGGCUGAUAUUGCUUAUGAAAAUGAGUCACUGACAACCAAACUCAAAUACAUUCCAUCUCUUCUGAAGUACAUGGUUCCACUGGGAACAGUUUAUUUAUUUGAAUAUUUUAUCAAUCAAGGUCUGUUUGAACUCAUCUAUUUCCCUGGAAUAUGGAUAAGUCAUAGUGAGCAGUACCGUUGGAUGCAACUUUGUUAUCAAAUUGGUGUAUUUAUAUCCCGAACAUCAGCAUCUUUUAUCAUCAUUCGUCAGAUCUGGCUGAUGUCCAUAUUACAGUUAAUAAAUGUUGUUUUAUUUACACUGGAAGCAAUUUAUUGGUUUGUACCAUCUGUGUGGAUAGUAUUUGCCUUUGUGUUAUGGGAAGGACUUCUUGGAGGUGCAGCAUAUGUGAACACCUUUCACAGAAUAUCAACUGAGGUUCCCCCAGAAAAGGAGAAAUUUUCACUGAGCAUUACAUCACUGGCUGAUUCACUUGGUAUUGGUCUGGCUGGCGCAAUAUCACUUCCUGUCCAUAAUGCUAUAUGUCUCCUUCCUUUGUGAGUGUCAGUGACCCAAGAGUUCAGCAGUUACAGUGUAAUUUAAAUUGUGUGUUUGGUAAUUACUUCUUAUAAGGACGAGGCCUGUAGCUCAUUCUUUCUUGCCAAGUUGUUAGAGGGUGACAUGUGAUCUUGCAUGAUCUAGGUAUUACCUUGGCUAGCUAUUGUCUUUCUCAGCAUUUCACAAAAAUGUUUUUAGUCGGACAGAUCUGAGUACAGAGACUCUCAGGUUUUGAUUUUUCCUAUCCUCUUAUAUGCAACAUGAAAAUGGGGUAUUGUAAAUAAUUGAUAUAACAUUUGGGACAGCACAGCAGAUCUCUUCUGUUUGAAUAUGAUAUAUAAGGAAGUGUUUGAAUGAUUACCAUCACUGACAUGAAAAUGACAUUGAAUCAAAGGAAACACACUGGACUAUGAGCUACUUAAAAUUUUAUAACAGAACCUGAAAGUGCUCUUCAGGAAUGAUUCAGGAGAUUAUUCAUGAAUUUCAGUUCCUUGCAUGUGUAUGAUAGCACUUUUGUAGUGUUACUGCAUUUAAUGAAGAAUAUGUAUACACAUUCUCUUAUCAACCUAGAGUAUUAUGUUACAGUCUCCUUUAAACAAAAUUUUAACACAGAAUUGUUAAUUGUAACUGUGAGAGACCUUUUAUGGCUGACAUUUUACACAUUCUAUAAGACUGAGAUCUCUAAAAUGUCACACAUGUGACUGGAAUGACCAUGUUGAAUGAGUUUUGAUAAAAUUGUAUGGGCCACAGAAGGUGUGGGAAAACUGGCAUUGAUCUAUAUAAAAUGUGUGUUUGUGUGUGCGUGUUUUGUGUGUAUGUGUGUGUGGUGCCAUUUGUAUAUUUAUGUGUAAUAUUUGGUCAUUAUUUAAGAGUAUAUUUUGGCCUUGUACUUAUCCAGUUAUGGAUAUUUAACAUAAAAUUAUUGCUCAGCCAAUACUGUGAAUUCAUGUACUUCAUAUGUAUUUACCAAAUAUCAAAGCAAAACAUUGUCUUAUAAUUAACUGUCUUUAUAUAUUUUUAUUUGUUUGAUAAUUACAGGGCAGAUUUGUUGCCCACUGGAUUUCUGUAAAAGUUUGAUUACUCCAAUAAAGAGUGUAAUUUGUUAUCAAA